UAUACUCCUAAAAUCUAGAAUCCCCGUCCUCUCCCACUUCCCAUCAAAUUUUCAGACACCAAAAUGACGCCCUCAAAUCCAAAUUCUUCUUCAUCACCAUCAAUCAACCCAGAAAACGGAUAUUGCUCAAAAACCAAAACCUUCUACAGCCUCAGGCCACCGUCACGUCUCCCCGAUAACAAUUCCUGCUCACUCACCAAUUACAUCUUCUCCCUCCUCCGCAACAAUUCAUCCCCUACGUCAUCAUCAUCUCUCAUCGACGCCACAUCCCGCCACGUCAUCCCAUACUCAGAAAUCCCAGUCCUAGUCAGCAACCUCUCACUCUCUCUCCUCCAACCACCAUUUUCUCUCUGUAAAGGAACCACUGCUUUCAUCCUCUCCCCAAAUUCAUCAUACCUUCCGAUUCUAUAUCUCUCUCUUUUACAUAUCGGCGUCAUUGUUUCCCCCUCUAAUCCAGCCUGCUCCAUCGGUGAACUCUCUCACCAGAUUAAAAUAUCUCGUCCGGCCGUUGCGUUCGUAACGGCCGAGACACGUCACAAACUCUCGAGUUUCGGUAUUCCACGUGUCAUUGAUAUCGAUUCUAACGACUUCAAGUCUAUAAUCAUGACGAAAAAUUCAAACAAAUUGAAAUAUGAAAGGAAUAUUCUAGAAUACUAUAAUGUAAUACAGUCUAGAGUUCUACAAUCAGAUACAGCUGCGAUAUUGUAUUCAUCCGGAACUACCGGAAAAGUUAAAGGAGUGAAACUGAGUCAUAUGAAUUUAAUAUCGACGAUCGCCGGAGCGAUUUCCGGAAAACAAAAUAGGGAGAAUCCGGCUGUGUAUCUGUGUGCGGUGCCUUAUUUUCAUAUGUAUGGAUUUGGAUUGUGUUUCAGGAUGAUUGCGUUUGGAGAUAGUUUGGUAUCGAUUUCGAGGUUUGAUUUAGGGGUGAUGGUGAGGUGUGUUGAGGAAUUUAGGGUUACUCAUUUGGCGGUGGCGCCGCCGGUUGUGGUGGCGUUGGUUGAUGAAAGAAAUGAGAGGUUGGUGAGUGGAGUUAGUUGGAAGUCGUUAGAGUGUGUUGUUAGCGGAGGUGCGCCAGUUACCGUGUCGGUUAUUGAUAAGUUUAAGAAAAGGUUUCCAAAUGUGCCGUUGAUUCAGGCGUAUGGAUUGACUGAAACAACUGGUGGAAUCUCACGAGUUGCAGGCGCAUAUGAGAGCACUAUAGUUGGCACAGUAGGGAGGCUUAUAGGCAAUUGUGAAGCAAAGAUAGUUGAUCCCGAAACUGGGGUUGGAUUGCCUCCUAUGAACCACGGUGAACUAUGGGUUAGAGGUCCAUUCAUUAUGAAAGGGUAUGUUAAUAAUAAAGAAGUUAUAGAUACAAUGGUGGACGCAAAUGGAUGGUUGAGAACAGGUGAUCUUUGCUACUUUGACAAUGAAGGCUUUUUAUUUGUUGUGGAUAGGCUAAAAGAAUUGAUCAAAUACAAAGGUUAUCAGGUACCACCAGCUGAAUUGGAACACAUUCUACAUUCACAUCCUGACAUUGUUGAAGCAGCGGUGAUUCCGUAUCCAGAUGAGGUUGCAGGGCAAGUACCCAUGGGGUUCAUUGUUAGAAGAAAACGGAGCACCAUUAAUGAAACACAAGUGAAAGAUUUUGUUGCAAAACAGGUUGCACCAUACAAGAAAUUAAGAAGAGUAUGUUUUGUCGAUUCGAUCCCAAAGAAUGCUCCGGGAAAGGUACUGAGAAAGGAUUUGAUCAAGCUGGCUCUUUCAGCAACUGAACCUGCAGCCCUUCAUGGUUGGAAAAAUAGGAACUAUGGGAAAGAAAGCAGUGCAAUAAGGUGAUAAUGUGUCGGAUUACAUAUGACAUACAAAAUUUCAAACAAUUAAAAGUUCGAUCGGGUAUGACUUUUGAUGAUAGAACUUUAUGAACCUCAACGGUCAUCUCCUUUGGGGUUUAUUUGCAGGCAGCAUUGUGUUUGUGACCCCUUCUUGCUGUAAUGGUCUAUAAGACUAUACCCCUUUUAUAUAUAAAGCCAGCUAAGAAAUCUUUUUGGUGAUGCACCCAGGAAUGAUCAGUUUUU